GACCGUGAUUUGCUGAUGCGUGAUUGGAUGGUUGGGAAAAGCACGUUGCAGGCAGAAAUCACACAAAAGACUGCUUUUUGGAAGAUCAUUCCUCACAAGCUUGCGGGGCUACUGUGUCCAGAUGUUGCCAAAGCAGCUGCCGUCGCAGAGUCCUGCAUCGCGCAAUUUGACAGCAGCCCACUGGAGUGGCAACACAGAUUGAGCAAAUUGUUUUUGCUGCCACGUCUCCGCGCUGGCGUAGAGGCUUUGCGAAGUGGUGGGGUUUUGUUUGACCAGGCUCUUGAGUUCAAAUUGUCAGUUCUCCGCUUUGCUGGAAUCAGUGUUGUGGAGCGUUCUGUUGAAUCGAAGCAUGCACAGGCUCAAAGGUUUGUCACCAGGGCCCGCAGAUUUUCGGGGGCUUCUGUAUCAUUGAAUUUACGCCUGCCAGAGAUCACCAGAAGGUUGCAAAGAGACAGUGCUAUGUUUAGUGAUCUCACAAAGCUCCUCAGGUUCCACGAGUUCCAUUCAAUGCGAGAUUUGCACUCAUUGUUGCACUUGCUUGGAUUGAGCGGGCACCCGGCCGUCAAAGAUAUUCCUGGACAGGUCCAUCAAAAAACCGCUGUUCUGGUCACAUACCACUUAGAUGCCCAAUCGCAGUUGCGCUUGCCAGAGGUGUGCGCUCAAGUUAUCCGGCUUGAUGCGGCUGAGCGAAAGAAGAGGCUACAAGAAGCCAAAGCAACUGCUUCAAAACUAGGUCACGCAGCCCUUCCAGCUGCAAGCGCGGAGGAUGUUUUGAGAGCUCUCACGCUUAGAGCUCAUGGACAAGCCAUGCCCACAAUUAUGGGGUUGAAGGACAGUACAUUUUUCUCUUUGCCAGGGAAGCCAUUAGACAACACUGAGGCAUUGGGGCCUCUGUCACAUUUCCAGGGCACUUUGAAAGUUCCUGUGCAGACUAGCGCUCCUGCUUUGCUUGGGCCUGCUCCUGCCUUGGGGCGCGCAGCGUUGGAAGAUGGACCAGAUUCAGAUGUGGACCUUGGGAUUGGUGACGCAGAAGGUGGAGAAGAGGUUGACGCUGCCAGAGCAGACCCAGUUAUUGUCCAAGUCUAUUGGCAGAUCGAGCGCACCGAGCGGUGGAACAGUAAGCGGGAAGUUUUGCUGUCUUUGGAUCCAGUGAACACUGGUGGGCCUGACCUACAGAGCUUUUGCUUCGACGUUGGAAAGACAGACGACGAUGUUGUGCUUGCAGAUUGGUGCUGUUGGGAUGUGUGCGCGCAUCACGAGUUUGUUUUGCUUGAUUUUCUGGACCUUCAACGCUUGCCAGGGCAAGACUUAUGUGAGCUUGCCCCGCUUGAUUCGCUUCAUGAGUCAAUGGAGGUUAUUGAGAGGAUGGUGAACGCACAGGCUUUUGCAAACACUGAUAAUUUCUAUGCAAUCGGCUCCAGAGGUUCAUCUUCUUUGGAUGAUGCGCAGAGAGCGUAUUUGGACAAUUUGAAAGACAGGGGCUUUGUGACAACAAUGGAAAAUGAGGAUGAUGAGCCCUUGUUGUGGCAGUUCACUGAAGCUGGCGGCAAGUUCUUUGACACGAAAGGUUUGCCAAGAUUUCCACCAGUGCGUGAUCAGCUGCCUGACAAUGUCAUCAUGGAUUUGGAUUUGGAGUUGGAGGAAGCAGAUCGCAAGAUCCCUCCUCGACCCAAGCGUGCCCGGAGAGCGCAGCCAGAUGGCGCACCGGUGCCGCCAAGCUCACUUCAAGCAAUUCUGGCUCCGCCUUCAGCUUUGGCCAUGUCUCCAAGUCAGCCAGAAGCAGCAACAGUGGAGGAAGCUGCUCCAGCAGAUAGCCAAACUUUCAUUGAGCCAGUCUCAGAAGACGUGAUUCAUUUGGAGAUGCUCCUUGAUGAUGGGUUUGAUGCGCCCUUGCUUGGGGGGGCCGCAGAUGUUCCAGAAGAGGCCAACAGCCAACCAAGGGAAGGGCUCAGCAGUCAGGAUUUGCCAGUGCCAGUGGGCGAGCUGGGUGAGACUGUUGAGGAAAACUCAAUUGCUGCUGCAAGUUCUCAGCGCCCCGAGCACCGCCACCCUCGGGCUGCAGCUUCUGAUGUCAUUGGAUUUUGGUAUGACGACCCAACCACCCAGCUGUCGCACAAAUUCACUUUUAAGUCUGCCACUACUUCUUGGCAAGUCUGA